AUGAGAAGCCGCUGCACUGCGACAACGGACACAAUCUGUGCACCCUGUCAAGACGAGUACUUUAGCAGUGAGCACAACCACAACUUCUGCAAGAGUUGUACAAUCUGCAACACUAGGAAGGGCAGCGUGGAAGUGAAGAAGUGUGAGAAGACCUCUGACAGAAUUUGCCUGUGUGUUGCAGGUUACAUGCCAGAUGUCAGAUAUACACUGGGAAGCGUAUGUUCACCAUGUCCUGAAGGGUUUUAUUCCAAAGGGGGAAAUGAAAACUGUCAACGUUGGACCAACUGUAGUGUUCUUGGGAAGACGACUCUUCGACCAGGGACGAGAACAGAUGAUGCUGUUUGCAGCAACCAUGUCACACAGCCAGCUCCCUCUCAGAGUACAACACCUGCUUUGAAUCUUUCCACCACUGGCCACAAGAAUAAUAUGUCGACUGCAGUGUUGUCACCGUCCAGACCCAGUGUGAUUCCUUUCGUUUGCCCGGAUGCAAACAGCCCCACAGAGACUAACUGGGGGUCCUUAUCGCUUAUCCUUAUUUGUCUGAUAUUGCUCAUGGUGAGUGGAAUGUCCAUCCUCCUGUUGAUUAUCCAAGCAGCCAAAAAAGAGACCAAGAGGAGGCCUUGUGGAGACAACCGUCAGGGAAGGAGCUUUCGCACUCCUGUCCAGGAAGAACAAAUUGACUCCAAUUCUAGUCUCAUCAAAAACUGA